CACACACACAGACAAAAAUCAUAGUUCUGUGAAUUUGGCGGAGGUGGGAGUGGUGAGCACACAGUAAAAGGGAGGAGCAGUGGGAGUCUCGCAGCUGCUUUCAUAGGGAAGUGUUUGUGUGACGCCAGGAUGAAGACGCAGUCGCAGACUCUGCUGGGAGGGAGACCGCUUUCCUCUCACUGUGACAGUGGAGAGUGUACGCCUGGGCAGAGCCGCCAGCAGCAGCCACAGACAGUCACAGACUGAAGAGCUACCUGGCACAAGGCCAUUUUGGCUGUGUUCUUCUCUCGUUUGGGUGUGGGAAAGGUCUUGGUGCUAGAGAGAUACGCCUUGCAGGACUGAGAUAGGGAGCAGCCUGCCCACAGCGCAGCCUGAGAUGGAGGAACCGCAGGAGUCCACUCCCCUCCCCCCCGACUCCCUGGAGUCACAGUCGCCCUUUGACCUGCUGGAGCCCCCGGGUGCGGCGGGCUUCCUCAAGCUGUCCCGCCCCUGCUGCUACGUUUUCCCCGGCGGGCGGGGCGACUGCGCCUUCUUCGCGGUCAACGGGUUCAACAUCCUGGUCGACGGGGGUUCCGACCCACGCUCCUGCUUCUGGAAGCUGGUGCGGCACCUGGACCGGGUGGACGCUCUGCUGCUCACCCACCUGGGAGCGGACAGCCUGCCGGGUGUGAACAGCCUGCUGAGGCGCAAGGUGGCGGAGCUCGAGGAGCGGGAGCGGCCGUCGGAGCACACGCCGAACAAGCUCAUCUCCCCCGAGGUCGGCGUCGUGUUCCUCAACGCCCCAAACGGGCUGAAAGCUCUCCAGGCUGACCUCAAAAGGCCUCGGGGGUAUGAGCCAGCGGUGCUCACCUUACAGUGCCUGGAGACGUUGAGUAUCACGCCUGAGCCUCUGUGCCGUCCAGUUGGGCCUCACAUUGAACCAGUCACCCUCUUCCAGAAGAUGGGCGUCGGCCGCCUAGACCUGUACGUGCUCAACCCGGUCAAAGGCAGCAGGGAGCUGGAGGCCUUUAUGCGGGGGUGGCCAGGGAAGGGCAGCGGAUCCAACCCAAAAAGCUCGGACAUGCCCCUGCCCUGCCUGGUUUCUGUCUGUGCUUUGCUGGUGUGGCGUCCCGCCAGUCCUCAGGAGAAGAUUGUCAGAGUGCUGUUCCCGGGAUGCACGCCGCAGGGCAAGAUCCUGGAGUCGCUGGAGAAGCUCAAGCACCUGGACUUCCUCUGGCACCCCGCAGUGAGCCUCAGCGAUCUGGAGCAAUCUGACCGACAACAGUCCAAACAUGCCGAGAACAGGGAAUCCACCGGCAAGGGCUCCAGACCACGAAGUGUCAUCCUGAUGGAGAAAUCGGGCCACAGUGACAGCAAGGGUCAAGGUCCUAAAGUCAAGAGCAAAGGGACAGACGAUGCCACCCCAAAAGGCGGCAAGGAAGGUGAAGACAAAGCCAAGCCCAAGGAUGGCGAUGCCAUCCCAAAAACACCCAAAUCUGAAAAGCCAGCUAUCAAGAAAGAGCACCCAAGUGAUGAAAGAAAGGAGGACCAGACCUCUGCAGCCACCUCAAAGAAAGAGGACACUGGAGAGAAGAAGAAAGAUCUGGGAAAGAAAGAGCCUCUCGCGGCAAAACCAAAGAAAGAUUCAAAAUCAGAGCCCAAAAAAGAAGCAAAGAAGGAGAUUCAGACAGAAGAGAAGAAGCAGACAAAGACUGCAGGAAAGGAGAUGAAGAAAGCCACAUCGGGAUCAGCUCACUCUGGUGCAGAGCCAAAGAAAACGUCUGGCAAGACUGGGUCUGGAAAGAAGGAUGUUGCAGCCCCAAAGAAGGAGGCGGUGAACAAAAGAACAAAAUCGAAGGAGCCAGGGAACUCAAAGGUGUCUAGCGCCGCCGAAGGGGCCACAAAUGUCUGUAAGACAUCCACACAAGACACAGCCUCAGAGUGUGAGACAGUGAGGGAGGGGAGUGCACAGGAGGAGCAGCAGGGAGGCGCAGGUGGGGAGAGCGGUGGGAAGAUGGCAGAUGGAGCAAACGCUACGACGGAGAGCGUGGGGCGGGAGUCUGCGGAGAUGUCCGAAGCUGCACACGGGGAGGGCGAAUCCAGAACAGUAGGGGAGGGUGGAGGGGACGAUUUGGAAAGUCCAGAGCAGUUCCGCUGCACAGAAACCCUCCCCGACACCGGCAUAGUCACGGCAUCGGCUUCUCCCUUGCUCAAGAGUCGUUUAAGUGAGGGAAACGCAAAUUUUGACGUCACUCCCACCGAGUACAGGCUGCUGGAUGGAGCCUUUGUGGAUGGCUUGCUGAGGGUGAAGUCAGAAGAUAUGUCCACCACCCCUGGGGUAAAGAUGCUAGAUUUAGACUCUCGGUCAAACAGUACGGGGCAGCCCUCUGUCCAUCUGUCCCGUUGUGAUGCGUCAGACAUGGGGGAGGACACCAGUCAGGAGGGUAAGGCAGCCAGCCGCCCCACGGGUUUCCAAAAAGGUGUGCCUGCGACCAACCCCGCCUCCACCCAAGAGAAGCGCUCCAGUUUCCUUCUGCUGAGUCCCCUCAGAGACCUGUUCUUUGACACCUCCCCGACCGCCACCACCACCCCGUCCCUGCCUGCUGAGCUGGGCUCCCCACAGUCCACCGAGGUGGAUGAGUCUCUCUCCGUGUCCCUAGAGCAGGGGCUUCUGCCUGUCUGCGAGUCCCCCCGGGUGGAGACAGGUGACCAGUCACAUGCGAAUGGACAUGGUCCUGAGCUCGAACACCGACCAGGGAUGUCACUCCCUUUGAGGAAUUCACAAACCGUCAGGGCCCAGGGUGACCGUCCAGGACCUCACGGUCUCCUCCAUAAGGUAGCCCCUCAUGAUGUGGACCUGUGCCUGGUCUCUCCGUGUGAGUACAAGCACUUCAUGGUCCCUCAAACCCAGAAGGCUGCGGUAUCCACAGGGCUGGCUAGCCACUGCUCACCCAACCCUUCUGACCACAGUGACCCUUCCCAAGAGCUGGCAAAUCCCCACGCAGAUCCUGAAGACCAUGCCCACUGGAAGGGCCUGCCUACCUCUGUUUGCGAGUCCCUCCUCACCACCUCUGGCCUGGACACACCUCCAGGGACAGAGGACUGCCCCUCCAUUGCCGCAGACUGUGGGCUGGACUCUGAUGAAGACUCAAGCAGCAUGUUUGUGCCCCAGGGGUCACACGACCGCCCCACUGCUUACUCCUCUGUUGGAAGUGGGUGCCUUUUCUCUGGAGACCCCCCACCGGCCCCUGUGAAGGACUUGCCCCCCUUGCCCCCCCAACCUGGGGCAUGCAUGCCUGACCCCGAGACUGAAGCCCAUGGAAAGACCGUUAAGAAUGCAGAGGCCAGAUCCAGGAAGCCGUCAGGGGUCACCCAGAGGUCAAAUUCAACCAAUAGCUCUGUGCUGAACAGCAAGGCCACCCUUAGAGCAAGGUCUGGCACAGAUGCUCACUCCACACCUCACAUAACUGCCUCCAGUCACAGAGUGGGCACUAACAGGCAUAGUUUUGCAGGGUCUGUCACUAGCAAGGCGGGUACGACGGGCGGGGCAUGGGUGUGCUUGGAUUUGGCAUACCUCCCCUCGGGCCCCGCCACCUCCACCGUCGACGCAGAAUUCUUCCGCCGUGUCCGCUCCUCGUAUUACAUCAUCAGUGGGGCGGAGCCAGGGAAGGAGGCCAUUCUGGGGUCCAUCCUCAGUGCGCUGCUGGAGGGAAAAGCUGCAUGGACUGGUAAAACACAGGUGACCCUGAUCCCCACCUUUGACUCCCCGUUGAUGCACGAGUGGUACCAGGAGACGCACCAGCAGCAGAGGGAGCUGAACAUCAUGGUUCUGGGCAGCAACAGCACUGUUGCCAUGCAGGAGGAGACUUUCCCUGCCUGCAAGGUGGAGUUCUAGGAGCGGGGAGGAAGGGGGGGGGGGCAUUGGGG